GCGAUAAGCUGCCUUAUCGGGGCGGUGUGCUCCGGCACAAACUUUUCUGGCGCUGCAACCACAGCAGCGACACGGCUAAUUUUUUUGAGAACGUGCAUCUCCAUCGCAGCGGCCCCCCCAGUUAGGUCGGCACCUUGAAUAAAAGCCAAAGAACUCCUCGACAAUGGCAGGGUCAAUAAACAAACCAAAAAAGCCCAAGUCCAAGCGGACGCCCGUUCGGUUGCGGCACAAGAUUGAAAAGGCGUCAGCCGCGAAGCAGCGCAAGGCCAGAAAGCUCGCCAAGAAGAACCCGCAAUGGCGAAGCAAGCUGAAGAAGGACCCCGGUAUCCCCAACCUAUUCCCUUACAAGGAGAAGCUCCUGCACCAGAUCGAGGAGACCCGCAUCCGCAAGAAGGAGGAGCAGCAGCGCCGUCGCGAGCUGGCCAAGGCUAGCACGGCCCAGGCCGAGAAGAGCGAAGGCGACGAGCGCAUGGACGCGGAUGACGUGGCCGAAGAGUUUGAAGGAGAGGGCUCGGACGACGCCAUGGACGAGGACGCCAGCGACAUUGACGAGUCAAACCCCCUAGCUGCGCUCAUCGCUAGCGCCAAGAAGAGUGCCGAGCAGUAUGAAAAGGAACUGCAGAGCGGCGACGAGAUGGACGAGGACGAGGAUGACGACAGCGACGAUGACGACGACGACGACGAUGAUGAUGAAGACGGCGCUGUCAUUGAGGUACCGGGCGGCGCCUCGUCACGGAAGGCCUACGACAAAGUCUUCAAGCAGGUCGUCGAGCAGGCCGACGUCGUCCUCUACGUUCUCGACGCCCGCGAUCCUGAAGGCACACGCUCGCGCGACGUCGAGCGGGCGGUCAUGGCCGCGGCCGGCGGCGGCAAGCGGCUGAUCCUGAUCCUCAACAAGGUCGACCUGAUCCCGCCCCCCGUCCUGCGCGGCUGGCUCACCCACCUGCGCCGCUUCUUCCCUACCCUCCCCCUGCGCGCCUCCAGCCCGGCCCCCAACGCCCACACGUUCAACCACCGCGACAUCACCGUCCAGAGCACCAGCUCCGCCCUCUUGCGCGCCCUCAAGUCCUACGCCGCCUCCCGCAACCUCAAGCGCGCCAUCUCUGUCGGCGUCAUCGGCUACCCCAACGUCGGCAAGUCCAGCGUGAUCAACGCGCUCCUGUCCCGCCUCGGCGGCUCCCGCAGCCAGCGCGCCGCGUGCCCCGCCGGCGCCGAGGCGGGCGUCACCACCUCGAUCCGCGCCGUCAAGAUCGACAACCGCCUCACCCUGCUCGACUCCCCGGGCAUCGUCUUCCCCUCGACCGGCUCCCCCCCGGGCGCCUUCGUGCCCAAGAACCCGACCGAGGCGCACGCCCACCUGGUCCUGCUCAACGCCGUCCCGCCCAAGCAGAUCGACGACCCGGUCCCCGCCGUCACCCUCCUCCUCAAGCGCCUGUCUGCCACCCCGGAGCUGAUGGAGCGCAUGACCCAGGUCUACGACCUGCCCCCGCUCCUGCCCAACCCGGAGAGCGGCGACGCCACCAUGGACUUUCUGAUCCAGGUCGCCCGCAAGCGCGGCCGCCUCGGCCGCGGCGGCGUCCCCAACAUCACCUCGGCCGCCAUGGCCGUCAUCACCGACUGGCGCGACGGCAGGAUACAGGGCUGGACCGAGCCGCCCGUCCUGCCCGUGGCCGGCGUCACUGACGCCAAGGCUGGCGGCGGCGGCGGCGGCGGUAUGAAGAUUGCCGGCGAGGAGGUCAUGCCCGACCAGAAGGUGAUUGUCACCCAGUGGGCCGAGGAGUUCAAACUGGAGGGCUUGUGGGGCGAUGAUGAGGGCACUUCAAAGGCGGCCACGGCUGCAGGGGAGGUGAAGGAGGUCGAGAUGGAAUAAGAUGGCUACCAGUUGGGAUUGGCCCCGUGAGAUGAUCACUAUUUCUUCAAUUUUUUUUUUUUAGUGUUCCAUUCUUCAUUCUUAAGAGGCGUUACGGCGUCAGAAAAUCGGAGGAGAUCUCGUGCGUAGAACGAACGGGAGAAAGCGCGGGGUAAGGAAUCAAUAUAUUGUGUUAAAACCCAUGAUCAUCCAUCCAUGCAUUUGAGGUCUUUUGACGGACGUCCGGCAGAACACUCACUGCUUCAUGCAAUGUCUUGAGUUGCAAUCAUCCC